AUGCAGCCUCCGAAUCUGUUUGACAAGGAACCAACUUCCCCCGGGUGCCCAAGACGAUCCAAUGACCAGUCUUGUUUGGAUCCGGUAACUGGUUUCAUAUGCAACCCAAACGCCAAAAAGACACCUACUCAACCACCACGGCCAAGCAUCGUUGUGAAAGAUGGAGAAAUCGCUGCUCAGCUCCAACAGGAACUCCAAAAAUUGGCCAAGAAAGUGCCGAAAAGACCACCAUGGAAGCCUAGUAGACCUCACAGUUGCGAGACGUGUGGGAAAACGUUUACGACUCCCAGCAAUCUGCAGAGACACUCGGUCGUGCACACUGGAGAGAAACCAUUCCAGUGCCCCUACUGUUUUAAGAAUUUCUCUCAGCUAGACGGCUUGAGGCGACACAAGGGUCGACACACUGGAGAAAACACUUUUACCUGUUCCGUUUGCCAGAAAUGGUUCUCUGAAAAAUCCCGUUAUACAGACCACAUGAAAGCACAUCUCCAGGACGAGCCAUAUAUGUGCGGUAUCUGCCAGAAAGGGUUCGCUCACAGGAUCGGGCUUCAGAAACAUAUGAAGAUCCACCUAGGGGUAAAAAACCAUGUGUGUGACGUCUGCCACAAACAGUUCGGUGAGCGACAGAAGUUGACGAUUCAUCAGCGAAUCCACACUGGCAACUUCCCAUACAAGUGUGGUCUGUGCGACCGUGGGUUCAACAGAGAGAAGUUUCUUAUAGUUCAUAUGAAGCGCCACGAGAAGCUGGGAAUGCUUCGAUGCGAUGCCUGCGGCCUCGUCUUCUCAACCAAGAAGAGUUUCGUGGAGCACCAAAAAUCGCACGAGAGAGGCACAGUUGAUGAGACCGUAACGAAACCGCAAGCAGAGGAACUGGCGUCCAACACGACUAUUACAGCAUCAGGAUCAGCAUCUGCUACAGCGACAACGACAUCCACAGCAGGUCCAACUAAGACAAUUGUGACUUUAGAAAUUACACCAGCAUCAGUGUUGACCACAGAAUUACCACCAGCUCUGCAAACUGUAGCCGUUGAGGAGGUAAUAGACUCUGAAGAAUCUAUCAUCUCAAUUCCCGAAACGUCAACAGGGACACAAACAUCUCUUGUACAGGAAACAUCGGAGACUUCGUAA